AUGUCAGGCAACUCAAACGUCGGAAACAGCCAGAUCUACGAGGCCGGGGACCAACGAAACCAAAAGGCCUCGGAGACCGGAACCGGUACCCGGUAUCAGGAAGGAACUGCACACUCGCACCUCCAGAAUGAUUCAAAGGAUCAGAGGUCGCUCUCGAACCGUGCAGCAGCGGAGAAGUCAUCAGAGAAGCAGGAGUCGCAAUCGGAAGAGACAGCAAUGUACAAAAAGGACCCGACCCUCCCUGCCAAAUCACAUGGGAACACACCGUCAAAAGGAGCUCAGAUCGAUGCCGAGAUUCAGGCAGAGGAAGAGCAGCAAUUGAAGAAGAAGGGACAGAAUCUGCCGGGCAAGAAGAAUUAA